AUGUGCGAAGAGCUAACUCACCGCACUGAUGACCAGAGAGAUACAGAUCAAGAGAACAGUCGUAUUGCUAUGUCAGAAUUGCGUUCUUUAGUGAGUGACAGUGAAGUAGAUAAGCUUAGAAUGCAACGAUUUCGUGCAAAUCAAACACAACAACAGCGAGGUUAUGAAAUAAUGAAAUUGAGCGAUAGGUACCGCAGACGCAGUCAUAGACGUAAUUAG